AUGUCCACUCUUCUGCUCCUCAUUGGGUAUGGGUACACUUUGCUGCCGGUGGACAUUGCUCCCGAGAAGGUGCUGCUCAUCUUCGGCGUGGCUGCUGUGGUUCACGCCAUACUCGUGCUCCUCAUCAAGGGUGAGGAUGAUGCCGACAAGUUUCACGACUACGAGAGCUUUGCUGGGAAGAUCUUGCUGGCUUUGCGCUUGAUGCUCUUUGUGGGAUUUCUUUGGGCGCUGCAUGGAACCAUGGAGGAUGCACCCUUCAGGGUAAGGCGCUUCCUGACGAAGUUCGGCCUCAUUGGCACUGUCUACUUCAUCGGGCCACCUUUUCUGGUACUGGUGGUCUCAUUCAUUGCCCCGUACUGGCGGCCGCCCAUACUCACCAGCUGCUUGAUUUUGAUGCAGAUCGGCACGGCCUGGUGGCUAAAUCGACUCUUCCUUUCACGGGGCGAGUUCUUCGAGGUUUCGGAGCUGAACUCCUCGAGCCUUCCGGGCGGGACCCCGCGGAGCAAUACGCCCCGCAACUCUCCGCGCUACGACCGGGACAAGCGCGACUAG